AUUAUGAAAUACGAAACGAACGGCAGAAAAAACGAAACCCAGAAAAACGAAACUCAUGGCGAAGAGCGAUUAUGAGAAACGAAAAUGGAAUCAAGAAAAUGUUGCCAGCCAAAAAUGAAAAAUGGUAUUUUUUUUUAAACGCAACUAACUUCACACCUAUUUACAAAUGUCAAAUUGUGAAUGUUGGAAAAGUUUUAAGUUUAAAUUUGAUUUGAUUUCGGUUCGGUAAAAUGUUUUUUCAUUGCGAUUACUUUCUUGAAAGCGAAGAUGAAUCCGAAGGAGAAAUGCGUGUAACAAGGGCACUCUUAAGAGAUUCAUCCGACCCAAUGAGCCUUUCAAGUUCCACGUUCAAGCAACUUUUUCGUCUGAACAAGGAAGCGUUUAAAUAUGUAUUGGAUGAGAUUGAUCCACACCUUCCAAGUUUUAAUUCUACAUAUAUACCAAAUGUAUUGAAAUUAGCUGCAACACUUCGGUUUCUGGCAGAGGGUGGAUAUCAAAGAGGAACCGGCCAGGAUUUCCUUGUUAGUAUGGCACAACCAACUUUAUCGGUCACUCUAGCAAAAAUAUUGCCAAUAAUGGAAAAUAUUCUGUGCCCAAAAUUUAUAUCAUUUGCAAUGACGGAAGACGAAAAAACUGCAAGUAAACAACAUUUUUAUGAGAAAUAUAGUUUUCCUGGCAUUAUCGGGUGUGUAGAUGGUACGCACAUGAAAAUUAUAAGACCAGUAUUAAAUGAGCACCUUUACUUUAAUAGAAAAGGUGACCAUAGUAUAAAUGCAAUGAUCGUCUGUGACUACAAAAUGAGAAUACGAGCAAUUGAUGCGCGGUAUGGAGGAGCCUCCCAUGACUCAUUUGUGUUUAGUUUAAGCGCCUAUCGCAGACACCUUGUUCAAAAAUGGAAUGAUGGUGAUAGGAGAAGUUGGUUAUUGGGUGAUUCUGGGUACACAUUGGAACCGUGGAUGAUGACACCCUACAGGACUGCACAAGAAGGUGGCCAAGAAGAACAUUUUAACACGAUCCAUUCCAAAUGUAGGAAUAUUGUUGAAAGGACGAUAGGCGUUUUGAAAUCGAGGUUCAGAAGCAUUCUCGGAGCAAGGCAACUCCAUUAUUCACCCGAAAAAGCUAUCCAAAUUACAAAUGUUUGUGCUGCUUUGCACAAUAUUUGCAAAAAGUUUGCUGUACCAGACUUCCCGGUCAUGGAAAACAAUGAGGAAGGAGAGGAGAGUGAACUUGUAGCUAGUGAUUUGAAUCAAUUUUCGAACAUAGCAACAGAAAUACGAAACCAAAUUAAAGACGUUUUGUAAACAAAAUAAAACUAUUUAAUUCAGUCAUUGUAUGCAAGUAGGUACAUAGGUGUAUCUGUGAUCACAAAAUUGAUAAAUAUUAAUGUAAGAAAAUAAAUUAAGAAAGUAAAUAAACAUAAAAUAAACUCUUCUUAAAAAAAAAAAAUAAAAACUUCACA